AUGGACGACAAGAAGAAGGACGAAGAGGCGUUGACUUACACAAGCUUUAUUUCCUUCGGCAGGACACUGGUGCCGGCAGCUCCUCCAGUACCGCCGCAGACAUCAGCGGUCAACAAAGGCGAUAGGAAGGCGUCGGCCACCGGUAUAAUACGGUCGUCGCUUUCAAGUCGACGCAAGGGGUCUACCGGCUCCGAGAAGCGCGCCGUGGUCUACCCGCCCGUGCGUAAGAUGCGGCCAUCCGCUCCUGCCGAACCUCGGGGACCUGGGGGACCAGACACCGGCUCACCACCGGAGCAAGAACAGCCAGAUUUCAGCUUACCAGGUGAACAGCAGCCAAGCCUUACAGGCGUCUCGGAUUCCUUGCUGAGUCCUGGAACGAGUGGGAUUGCUGCCUUCUACAACAACCAGAUGACGCGCGGUAGCCGGCCUUCCCUGGAGCGACGGAGCAGCCGACGUAGUUCUUUGCAGAGGUUUCGGCGGCGACGGUCAUCUUCGCUCCUCCGAAGGCGUGGAUCGUGGGACAGCCUAACGCAAAGGCCAUAUGGUCCGGCCGAGCAACUCUCUGUAAGCGUUGGCAAGCGCAGCGUCUCCAGUGGCACCAUGACGUGCGUGGUGUUCGUAUUCGUGAUGGUGUUGCUGGUCCUGACAAUGUACAUCGCGAACCAGUUCUUGAAGCCGCCGUUCGUAGCCGACCGACGCGUCUGCGCCACCGACGACUGCGUUCGCCACGCUUUGCACAUUCUGCGUACUCUCAACACGUCGGCUGAUCCCUGCCUCGACUUCCACGCGUAUGUCUGCGGCAGCGGCGAUGGUAAAGGCGGGGAGGCGCAGUCUGGCAACAGCGGCAAAGAUCCUGACGAGAGGAUCGGAAGCAUCGACGAGAUCGAUCCGGCCUGGAGGUUAGCUCGGCUCUACACUUAUCAGGUGAACAACAUCCUCGGCAAUCUUCAUCAGCUGGUCACCAUCAAGAGGACUUCGGAGACGACGUUGAAGGCACUUGUAGCUCUCUCGCUGUGCCUGCAGAGAGAACGCAAGCGGCACUCCAAUGCCUUCGCGGCUUUCAUGAAGCAAAGAAAACUUCCAUGGCCCGCGAAUUCAUCGGAACAUGUCGCGCUCGUCGAUGUCGUAGACGUUCUCCUGGAUCUGAGCAUCAACUGGAGGGUCUCUAUUUGGGUCGACGUGCGACUGUGGCACAUGGAAACGCGACCUGACAUGGGCCCCGUGGUAGUACUCGAUGAGCCCGGCCACGUGCCUCUGAUUCGAAUGGAACAAGUAAGCACGCUCAAUGACACGGAAUAUGCGAGUGCGGUUGAAAGAACGGCGCAGUUCAUCGGAGAGGUCGGAGAAAGCAGUGACACUGCAACACGAGGUUUUCAGGAUUCCGUGGCGAUAGAUCAGUUGAAGCGUGACGAAACGGACUUCCGCGAGGCUAUCUUGUCCGCACUAAGAGGAGGCGAUUCAUACGACACGCUGAUACCCUUGCACGCGCUGCGGUUAACACGGAAUAUCACGCUGGAUGAAUGGACGGAACUUCUCCGGAAGUACCUCGCGCCUGCAGGGCUCAACGUUACAAUUGACACCGCGCUACUGAUACUGAGAUAUCCUCACGUUAAAACCCUCACUGGUAUGAUGAACAAGAUUUCUCCGCCAAGGCUGCUCAACGUACUGGGGUGGAUGUUGGCCUACUCGUACUCCUGGUUAGACAACGCCGAGUUCGAUGUUCUCAGCGAUCAAGGCGGGCCAGGCAGCGGCAGCUUAUCGGGGAACGGCUUGUUUGUACACGUUCUCUGCUUCGUGGCCGUACACGAAUCGUUCGGCCCGGCUCUCGAGGUGGCUCUGCUCCUAGACCGCCUACCGAGUGAGGAACGGCUCAAGGUGACCGAGAUCGUCAACGCCACAGCUGGCGCCCUCGUCGAAGCAGUUCGCGGAUCUCCGAGCGUCUCGACCAGUACGAAGGCUGACGCGGAGAAGAAGAUUUCGUUGGUCGCGUCUCGAGACCUGUGGACGCCCAAGCCUUUGCUUAACCUCAGUCGUCUGGACGCCCUGUACACUUACUUCCCUUCCAUGCGUGCCAGGAACUUCUACGCGUCCUGGUUGGAGUUGCGAAAGGCUCUGAGGGUUUCGCUUCCCAAUCGUUACCACGGGACUGUGAUGACGGCCAAGCUGAUGCGGUAUGCCGGCGACAUUCUCUACUUGUACUCUCUAAACAUGUUGUUCCUCAACAUUCCUGCCGUGUUCCCGCCCAAGUACCUUAGCGACGGCAACUCAAUCAUGGCGUAUGCGGGCCUGGGAUUCCAGUUGCUCCGACAGAUAGUGAGAACCGUCGACGAGCGUGGGAGGCAAGUGGAACACGCGACCGCUAAGAAAAGCUGGUGGGAGGAAAACCGGGUGUGCAAGAUCAACGAGGCAGAGUCGGCCAGCGAAAGAAGAGAAAUCAAAGACCUCUUUGCUCUCGAAUUAACCUCGAAGGUGGCGCAGAGCUCAGCGGCCGUCGACAGGAAGCCUCCGAGGCUCAAGCACCUAGAGAAGUUGACUGCCGUGCAAACGUUUUACGUGAGUUACUGCAGCCACUUCUGCGGGGAAAUCGGAGAGCAAUCAAUGUGCAAUUUGGCGAUGAACAACUCCGAGUUUGCGCAUGCGUUCGCGUGUCAGUGGCGUGGCACACAGCCCGGCUGCAUCUUUUUUUAG